UAUUAAAUUUUUAAUUAAUAAUGAGAUAAAAAUAACAAAUUUAAAAAACUAAAAGAUUUAAGUGCUUAAAAAAUGCAUCCUGCCUAAUAAUAAUAGCGCACAAAGAAACAGAGACACAGAAGAAAAAAAAUAUUAUAAUCAACAAUAAUCGUCAAACCCCUCAAUUCCAAAACCCUAGCUCUCUCUCUUUCUCUCUCUCGUCGCAUCUACUUCAGAGAUUGCGGCGAUGUCGACCCCUGCAAGAAAGAGAUUGAUGAGAGAUUUUAAGAGGUUGCAGCAAGAUCCACCUGCAGGGAUCAGUGGAGCACCCCAAGACAACAACAUAAUGCUUUGGAAUGCUGUGAUUUUUGGACCUGAUGAUACCCCUUGGGAUGGAGGUACGUUCAAGUUGACUCUACAGUUUACUGAGGACUAUCCAAACAAACCUCCAACAGUGCGAUUUGUUUCCCGGAUGUUCCAUCCAAAUAUUUAUGCAGAUGGUAGCAUCUGUUUGGAUAUUUUACAAAAUCAAUGGAGUCCCAUUUAUGAUGUGGCAGCUAUACUCACGUCCAUACAGUCGUUGCUCUGUGACCCCAACCCCAAUUCUCCUGCAAAUGCAGAAGCUGCUCGGAUGUUUAGUGAAAACAAGCGGGAGUACAACCGCAGAGUUAGGGAAAUUGUGGAGCAGAGCUGGACAGCAGACUAGUCGUUGUGCUCUGACAGCAGCAAAGUUCAAGUUUAUGUGAAGCUUUGGAGAGCAUGUAAUAAGUAGUAGCAUGGCCAUUAAGAAUCAUCCUGUGACAUUAUCUACUUUUAUUCUGUACCCUUGGCUUCCCUCCCAAUUAUGAAUGUUAGGGUUACUUUGUCUCUGCUUUAAUGUGAGUUUCCUUGUUGCUUGUCUUUAGGCUUCUUGUAAAAUAGAAAAAUUGUGUAUCAGUCAAUUACCGUUGAAUUGUUAUGAAUUCGUGCUUCAAUAUAAAAAGUAGUUGUUGACUGGUUUAA